AUGGUCUGCGCGGGCGUGACCGGAGAUGUCGAAAGCAUCAUCCGGUUCCUGCACCGGAUUGCAGCAAUCCUGGAUACGUCUAGACCAGAUUCCUUUGGAUUGCUUCACGGUGCCUGGACAAAUGGCACGCAGGUGGAGGUGGAGCAGUUGCACCGACAGCUCAUGGAGGCUGCGCAGGUUUACAAUGACCGGCGCAGGGCAGCAGGAAGCUUGCCACUUCAUGCAGCUUGUGUUCUUUGGCGCACGGCAGCGACACAGUAUUGGUUGCAGUGCGAUGGCAUUGUUCUGUUCCAGCCUGGCAGUGCGGCGGAUCCAUACAGGGCUUAUGGUGCAGCUCCCAUCCUCUGA